AUGGCUGAACUGUUUAUCAGUGGACAAAUUGAAGGAGCAUCCGGUUUUCUUGACAAUCAGGUCUCCGUUCGAUGGCAUGUAUCUCAUGGUGGUGGGUGGCGUGUAAUAGCAGGGGAAUCUGAAGGUCAGACUCAAACUGAUUGUCCUCGAACAUUUGAAGAAGCGCAUUUUUCUCAUCCCAUUGAUCUUCAUUUGGCAACGAGUACCAUUCAAGGAUGGCCGAAACUUAUUCUUCAGGUUUGGCACCUCGACAACUAUGGUAGACAAGAGAUUGCUGGCUACGGAACCAUGAUGCUGCCCACUUCAAGUGGCGCUCAUCGUUUGGAAUGUGGUUGUUGGAGACCGAAAGGAAACUGGAGACAGGAGAUGAUGCAGAAAUAUAUUGGAGGGGGAAUGCAGCUUGCAAAUUUGAGUAUUCUCGAGGAUCCAACAGAACGGGCGAAAAUUGCAACUGUAUCAACUGGAACCGUUUAUUUUGAAUUGAAUGUCAUUACGAAGAACUUCCAACGAUACGGAAUUGUGUCAUAA